UCUGUAUGUGUCGCUCUAUUUCUGACUCUACUCCCCCUCAGUCAGUCUCACCCAGUGUGUCUGUGGUGGUGUUUGUGUGGCAGCAGGACUCUCAUUAGGCCUCGCAGGAUUCGCUGUGUGGAUCUUUUAGCCAUUUCCUGGCUGUUUUGGAAGGUUUUUUUCUGCACACGCACACACUGCCACCAUCACAUCUGGCUGACGACCAUCAUCACCCCCCCUCACUGUGCAGCCAUGGCUCUGUCAUCACGUUUAAAACUGUGGGAGAAGAAGAUAAAGGAGGAGAAGACGCCGGUGGCCACGGCUGUUCCUCCAGCGCCACUGUCAGCUCUGCCGGGCGGCUUCCUCAAACAGCUGGUCAGAGAUUCCGAGAAGGAGACCAAACAUAAAGAACCAGAGGUCAAAGAGGAGAAAGCACCAAGCAAACUGAGCGACAACCUCGUGCAGCAGUUCCUCAUCCCGGAUCAGACUCCUCCAAUCCUCGAGGCAGAGAUGUCCCUGCGGGCUGAACAGCUCCUCAACAGCAGCAAACAGCAAGGACGGAACUCAGGCCUGUCUGAUGGCAGGUCCUCGUCUCAGCGCCACAUCGUGUCUCCUGACCCCGGCAGCACACAGGAAACCAAGCAGGACGUAACACCAGAACAGCCAAAACAGCAGCAGAAGCAGGAGGAAAAGAGGCUGGAGAAGAAGAUGAGGAAGCUGCUGCAGGCCGAGCAGAAGAAGGAGAAGAUAGAGGAGGCGGUGAAGAAAGAGGAGAAGGGGAUGGAGGAGAGGCAGGAGCCAGAGGGAAGGCAAGCAGACACAACCAUAACAGAGCAGGACAGGAGAGAGGUGAGGGACGUUUGGUACGAAGCUGGAACUGUGUGGUACAUCCACAAGGACGGUUUCACCCUUGCCACUCAGCUGAAGCCGGAUGAAGGAACACCUGAACUCCCAGAGGGCCGAGUGAGGGUCCGCCUGCAGACCGACGGGUCGCUGCAUGACGUCACGGAGUUUGAAGUUGAGAAGUGUAACCCGUCAGAGCUGGAUCUAUGCGAGGAUCUCAGUGACCUGCAGAGCGUGAAUGAAUGUGGAGUUCUGCACACGCUCACCAGUCGAGCUAAAAACAACAUGCCGCUCACACAGGCUGGACCCAACCUGGUGAACUUCUGGCCUCCAUUACAGGCCCACAGCAAGACCCCAAAGUCUCGGCGAGGGGAGUCAGUGUGGGACGCCCCUCCUGCCCUGGCUGCUCUGGUCAAACGGGUGUAUGUGUCCAUGGUGGGCAGCAGGAGAGACCACAGUGUGUGUGCGGUGGGACGCAGCGGGACAGGAAAGACCACAGCAUGUCAAGCCUUCACUCACACUCUACUAAAACAAGCCGGUACCACUGGAGAGAACAUCAGCGUGGAGCGUGUACAGGCCAUGUUCACCAUCCUCAGGUCUUUUGGCUGCGUGAGCUCCCAGCACAGUGACGCUUCAUCUCGAUUUGCCAUGGUCUUCUCUCUGGACUUUAACCAUGCUGGACAGGCUGCUGCUGGACACCUACAGACGAUGAUGUUGGACAAAUGGAAAGUGUGUCAGACAACUCAAGGAGAGAGCAACUUCCUCAUCUUCUCUCAACUGCUGGCAGGAAUCAGCACAGAGAUGAGGACAGAGCUGCAGCUGCACCAACUCCCUGAGUCCAACUCUUUUGGUAUUGUUCAUCCCACCAAGGUCGAGGAGAAGCAGCGAGCAUCCGUCGCCUUCACUAAGCUGCUGACUGCCAUGGAAACGCUGGGCUUCUCAGCCGGCGAGCAGAAGGCGAUAUGGCAUGUUCUGGCUGGUAUUUACCAUCUGGGAGCUGCCGGGGCCUGUAAAGUGGGCAGGAGGCAGUUUGUGAAUUUUGACAGCGCUCAGGUGGCCAGCAGUGUGCUUGGAUGUGAGGGAGAGGACCUGCACACUGCCGUCUUCAAACAUCACCUCCGACAGCUGCUGCAGAGAGCAACUGGACACAGCAGAGAGAGAAACCCUGCCGCUGAGGCCGACGAGGGUCCCAGGUUAACAGCUACUCAGUGUGUUGAUGGGAUGGCGGCUGGACUCUAUGAGGAGCUCUUUACUGCUGUAGUCUCACUUAUCAACAGGGCUCUGAGUGGGCAGCAGCUGACGUUAGCCUCUGUGAUGGUGUUGGAUACGCCAGGCCUGAGGAACCCCAGACACUUUGCAGAGGAGCGAGGAGCCACCUGGUCUGAACUCUGCCACAACUACCUGCAGGAGAGGCUGCUGGAGCAUUACCACUCACACACCUUCAGGCACACACUGGACAGAUACGUUCAGGAGAAGAUCCGUGUAGAGUUUGAGUGUCCAGAGAGCAGCUCGGCUGAGGUUGUGUCUGCCAUCGACCAGCCGCCUCCACAGGUCCGGGCAGCAGAUGGAGACCCCAGAGGUCUGUUAUGGGUUCUGGAUGAGGAGAUGGUGACACCAGCCUCCUGUGAGAACAGUGCCCUGGAGAGAGUCUGCCAAUAUUACAGCAACACUGUGCGUCAGUGUGAGCAGCCGUUGCAGUGUGUGGUGAACCACCUGAUGGGCGGUGACCCCGUCCGCUACGACCUGACUGGGUGGUUCAGUCUGAUCCAGAACAACCCGUCUGCUCUCAACGCCAUCUGUCUGCUCCAAAACUCCACCAUAGGGGAGGUGAAGUCCAUGUUCACCCCCAGAAUCACCCUGCCCCCUCUGUGUCGAGGUCUGGGGGGACUGGAGGGAGGCAGCCAGCGCUCUCUGCAGAGGAACGGCACCAUCAGGAAGACAUUCAGUGGGGGGAUGGCAGCCAUACGCAGACACUCCCAGUGCAUCGCAGUAAAACUACAGGCAGAUGCUCUGGUGAAUCUGAUUCGUCGAGCUCGGCCAGUGUUCCUGCAGUGUGUGAAUGCAAAGACUGACGGUGGAAGUUUUGACGUCCCGGCUCUCAGAGUGCAGCUGGACUCCACACAAAUCCUGUCCGCCCUGCAGCUCUACCGCACAGGUUAUCCCGAUCACAUGACUCUGAGUGACUUCAGGUGUCAUUUCCAGGCCCUGUCUCCUCCAAUUAUGAAACGUUAUGCCUCAAUGUUUGUCAGCCAUGACGAGAGAAAGGCAGUGGAGGAGCUGCUGGUUGAAUUGGAUGUGGAUAAAAAGAGCAUCGUUGUAGGAGCCAGCAGAGUGUUUAUGAAGCGAGGUGUGCUGCGAUAUCUGGAGCAGCAGAGGGACCAGCAGGUCACCGGCUGGCUGGUGCAUCUACAGGCUGCCUGCAUGGGACAUCUGGCCAGGCAGAAAUACCGCAAACUCAAGGUGCAGCAGAUGGCAGUCAGAUGCCUGCAGAGGAACCUGCGGGCUCUGAGAUUCGUGACCAAGUGGAGCUGGUGGAAACUUUUCUGCAGAGUGCGUCCUCUGCUCGAUGUCAACAUGGACAAUGAGAGGCUCAGGGCCAAAGAGGAUGAGAUAUCAGCUCUGAGACGACGCCUGGAGAAGUCAGAGAAGGAGAGGAAUGAGCUGAGGCAGACUGCAGACAGCCUGGAGACCAAGGUUACGGCUGUGACAUCUGAGCUGAGUGAUGAGCGUUUCCGUGGCGAUGCGGUGGGUCAGGCUUUGGAUGUGGAGAGGGCAGAGAGACUUCGACUCAGCAGAGACAACAAAGACCUGCAGGCUCGCCUAGACCAGUGUAAAGUCACCAUGGAAACCCUGGAGAAGCAGCUGGAGGAGGAGAAGCAGAAAGCGCAGGUUGCUGAGAGUCAGAGAGGAACAGGGACAGAAAGCGAGCUGGCCAUGCAGCUGGAGUGCUGCCAGACGGAGGUGGAAUUUGUCCGCAGACGACUGAAGCAGACAGAGGAAAAACUGGAGACAGAGAGGCAGACCCGACAGCAGCUCGAUACCAAGGUGGCGACACUGCAGGCCCAGCUGGAGCAGUCCAGGAGGAGCGUGACUGAACUGAAACGUCACUGUCGCCGAGUGACUUCCGACCUCCAGGAUGCCCGAGUCCUCACUGACAGUCUGCAGAGCCGCAUGCAUGAAGUAGACCGCAAACAAAGAAGGUUUGAUAAUGAAUUGACUCAGGCUCUGGAGGAAGCAGACAAUGAGAGGGAGCAGAAAGACAAAGCCUUUCAGGAAAAUGCAGUACUGGGUGCUGAAAUAUACAACCUACGCCACAAUCUACAGGAGAGCCAGACAGAGGUGGGCCGUCUGCAAAUGCAGAAGGAGGAGCUCUGCGCUCAGAUCCGUGACCUCAGCCUGCCCGUCCAUCUUGCCACUGAUUCGCUGCCUGACCUCAAGAAGCAGCUUCGCCUCUUGGAGAGCCAGGCCAACGAGAGAGCGGAAGAAAUCACGAAACUCACCACCAGGAUACAGCAGCAGCAACAGAUACACAUGCGGUUUGAGAUGGAGAUGGAGAGGAUGAAGCAGAUCCAUCAGAAGGAGUUGGAGGACAAAGAAGAGGAAUUAGAGGAUGUCCACAAGUCCUCUCAGAGACGGCUAAGGCAGUUGGAGAUGCAGUUGGAGCAGGAGUACGACGAGAAACAGAUGGUGAUUCAUGAGAAGCACGACUUGGAAGGACUCAUCGCAACCCUGUGCGAUCAGGUGGGACACAGAGACUUCGAUGUAGAGAAGAAACUGAGGAGAGACCUGAAGAGGACUCAUGCCCUGCUGGCCGACACCCAGCUGCUACUUGCCACCAUCGACAGCUCAGGGCAGAACUUGCCCAACGGCAGCAAAGAACAGAUAGAACGGCUGCACUGCCAGCUUGAGGAGAGUGAAGCAAGGCGGCUCGAGUCCGAGAGCGUUCAGACGACUCUGUCCCAGGAGCUGGAAAACACUCAGAUUGAACUGGAAAAUAUCUGCAAGCAGAAGAGCAUGGUGGACGAGCAGUUGGCCCUGUUGCAGCACGAGAAGGUUGACCUGCUGAAGAGGCUCGAGGAGGACCAGGAAGACCUAAACGAACUUAUGAAAAAACACAAAGCACUCAUUGCACAGUCCUCCAGUGACAUCUCUCAGAUCAGAGAGCUGCAGGCUGAACUCGAGGAGGUGAAGAAACAGAGACACUCUCUGCAAGAAGAGCUCCAGCAGAGCGUGUCCAGGGUGCAGUUCCUGGAGUCGUCCACUGUGGGGCGUAGCAUUGUCAGUAAACAGGAGGCCCGUGUAUGUGACCUGGAAAACAAAUUAGAGUUUCAGAGAGGGCAAGUCAAGAGGUUUGAGGUGCUGGUGCUGCGUUUAAGGGACAGCGUGGUUCGUCUGGGAGAGGAGCUAGAGCAGAGCGCUCAGGCUGAAGCUCGAGAAAAAGAGAACGCCCGCUACUACCAGCAGCGCCUGCAGGACAUGAGGCUGGAGAUGGACGAGCUGACCCAGAGAGAGCAGGACAGCAGCCGCAGACGCAUGGAGCUGGAGAUGCAGGUAGAGGAGCUGUCUGCUGUCAGACAGGCGUUGCAGGCCGACCUGGAGACGUCCAUUCGCCGCAUAGUUGACCUGCAGGCCGCGCUUGAGGAGGUGGAGUCAAGCGAUGAGAGCGAUGCCGAAAGCGUUCAAACUGCUGUGGAGUCCUUGACUCGAAAGAAAGACCUUGACUCUGUGUCCAGUGUUGGCUCUGUCGGGACAGAGGAUGUUGGAGAGGGAAUUCGUCACUGGUUGGGAGUUCCCAGAGGAGGAUCUCGUGGCGGUGGAUCGCCCUACAGCAGCCAUGGUGGCCGUCAUUCUGUAGCUGACACUAUGAGCACCUACAGCUUCCGUUCUUGUGUGGAUCCUGAUGAUGAGGGCUCAGAGGCUGGAGGAGUUGGUACCAGAGGUCUUGGUCGAGCCCCGUCUUCCUCAGCCCUGUCUGAACUCUUGGACGGACUUCGUAAACGUAGAGGUGGUGGUGAUACAGGAGAUGGAGCCGGAAGCACCAUCUCCCUGCCAAUUUAUCAAACCACUGGAGCUUCCACUCUUAGGCGGAGAGCCUCAGCCCUCUCUCUCGGCCAAGAAGACGUUAAGGAGCCCCGCCCUGGUCCCAGCAUCCUCAAACCGUCCUCCCCUCUUCUGCCACGUGCUGCCAGCACUCGCUCCAUCACCGACUCUCAUGUAUCUGCUGGAGCCUCUACAGCCAAACUCUCUCGCUUCAACUCAAGUGAUUCCCUUUCUUCGCUUCCCUCAUUGCCACGACUCUCCUCUUUGGCAUCCCCCCUUGCCACUCGCCAUCGUCCUCCCUCCCUCGCCAUCCCAGAGGAGGACUUAGAGGAGCCCCUGCGCUCUGUGACAACUCCCAUCCAGCGCUCCCCUCAGGCACCACGGCGGUGCAUGCUGGGGAGUCUCGUUACAGACGAUGGAGGCGAGGGCUCUCUGGGAUCAGAACCAAUGGUCUUCCAAAAUCGUCGUCUGGCAGGGGAACGCGAUGAUGCAGCCUCUGACAUCCUCCCUGCCAUCCGGAGAGCGCAGUCAACCAGCAGCCUGGCCAGCUCCAUCAGAGGGGGCAGAAGGGCCCUGAGCGUCCACUUUGGAGAGCUGCCUCCUUCCACCCGCAGCAGGAAAAGCUCUGAGACAGAGUCUUCCAGCUCAAGUGGAUCAGGAGGAAGCUCCCAGGGCGGCAGGCCAAGACGCAUGCUCGAGAGACCGCAGGGAGAAAGGCUGGAGGCAGAGGGCAGUGAGGGCGGAGAUGUGGCAUCAGUCAUGAAGAGAUACCUAAAAAAGGAGGUUGACUGAAGGAAAUGAGGAGCUGUCCUCCCUGUCACACCCGAAGGAAAGACCCCACUGACGUAAGGUCUGCGAUCCAAAUCCUGUACAAGAAUGGCGAAUCCAUGACGAUAGUCCACAGCCACGGUCACUCCCGGUGGCAGAAAUCAGCGCUGAGCGGCAGACACAGCUCCCCCCUCAAAACCGAUACACCUCACACAGUCCGGGCCGCUAUUACACAAAAUAUAAGUUUCAGACACUAUGCUGGAAAAUCCCCAGGUCUGGAUCCAGUUUCCUUGCCUCACAGAGAACUAACGUUACGUCUGUCUCCCUCUACAGCAAGCAUGGAAAAGAAAGAAUGUGUACAGCGCAGUACUGCUGCCACCUUAACUACGACAGGCUAGGCUAAAAGUACUACACAUACACAUGUGCGCUAAAAUUCAACUUGCACACAGCUAAAUCAUUAAACCCUCCCUACAUAACUUUUAAAACAUCUAAACGAGUUAUAUAUAACAACAGUCCACAUACAUUUAAUGUAUGACCACACACAUCUUGUCUGAGAUAAACAGUGCGGCAUCUCCUGAAUAUUCACUGUGGUUAAACAGUAGCAUUUAAAUUUUAAACAAAUUAUAAAUGACAGAAAAAUGAUGUAUAUGAGCUUACCUAUUACACAAAAUAUAAGUUUCAGACACUACGCUGGAAAAUCCUCAGGUCUGGAUCCAGUUUCCUUGCCUCACAGAGAGCUAACGCUACGUCUGUCUCCCUCUACAGCAAGCAUGGAAAAGAACUAGUGCGACGCAGUCCCGCUGCCACCUAGAGGAAUUUACUAAAUACUAUUAUCUACAUGAAAUGCUUAACAUAUUUAAUACUUAACAAAUCAUACUAAUUGAUUCAAAUUAACUUUUAAACAUGUACAAAACAUAUGAAAUAUUUUUAUAAAUUUCAAGAUGGUAAUUUUUAGGUGGGUUACACCAUCAAUUCUCGCCAUCCGCUACAUAUUUAGGUCAUGCAAUUCAGUAUCCGUACAUAACGUACACAUGCAUAACACAUGCCUGUGCUCAGCGCAAGGUCAUUUUGUUUGUGGGUACAUCUAUUAUUGAUGAUGAUUUCUCAUCAUCAAUAACUAAUAAACAAAUGCUGCAUUUCUACCAAAAAAAUGCUGCAUUUCUGACAGUACCAUAUGGAGGAAUGAACAGCACUGGCGGAGUACUCCACUCUCUAGUAUCUGCCAAUGUCGAGUCCCAAUCCAAUAUCAUUUUCCAGAUUCAUUUGAAGUACACUAAAGUUAAUAAAAUCAAUCCAAUGUCUAUGCUUGGCAGCUGAAUCACUCUUCACAAAAAAUUGUCAGAGGAAUUGGAUCCUACAGUGGGUUACCUCUGUGUGGAGGUCCAAUGCAUCGCAAAACUUUCAUCAAACGCCUGAACUAGCUGUCAUUGAACUAUAACGAGGACAGGUUCAGCAACAGCACAUUUUUAGAUGUGGUGUGUUUACAUAUGGGAGAAAUGGAUCCAGUGGACACGUAGCUUAACAGAAAAAUAGACAAACCAACGCUGAUCGUCACAUAACUCCACUGCGUUCCAUGGCGGAGUAAUAAUUCAAAAUUGUUGUUCACAAAUUGUUGUGUUUGCUUCCUUUAUGAUACAGUGUGGCAGCAGACAUUAACAAUGCAUUGGGCUUAUGUUUGUGCUAAUACCCUUCAGUCAAAAAAUAUAUGGAUCAGGUUAUCCCUAGUAACAACAGAUUUUAACAGAGCCCCAAUGUUGCUUUGUGUAAUGAGCAUAUGCCUGAAACAACAACAAUGACAUAGCGUGUGCAGUUCAAAGGCUGCAGAAAUGAUGAUGAUUGAUCUAGACUGGCCAGGCAUGCUUAUUGGAGCGUUUUGAAUAGACAGAUUUUUUCGGGAAGAUAUCUGUCUUGAAAAAUAUUGGUAUAAUAGUUUACAAGGCCUAAAAUUUCUGUGAGUCUGUCCUACAAACUUCACCAAAAGCCUGAAUUUUGUGUUUCUCAUCACAAAAAAGACAUUUUCACCGUAAAUUCAUGCAGAAAAGGAACAGUGUGACCCACUUUAACAAUAGUAUGAAAUGAAGUGAAAUUUUCUGGGGCAGAACGGCUAGUCCUAUGCUUAACGUUCCCCCUCCCUCCAAAACUCAAACAAAAUCCGUGUCCAUGACCAUGUAAACGCCAACAACACCAAUGCCAAUGCCAGCAUUUAGUCCAACAUCACAGAGCUGCUAGCAUCAGUGUAGAGCCUGACAGCAGUUAUAAUUAAUAUUUUCAUACUGGCUGUGUACUGGAUGUAAAAAGGGCUGUCUUGUAGUGAGAAUUUUUGGCAAAAUCUGCAGUUCAUCUCAGCUUUAUGGAGCCUUACAGCCACUUUCAGCUUUUUGUUUAUCUGAUUCUGAUAUCUGAUGACACUGCAAAAAGAAAUCUGUAAAAAAAAAAUUGUUUAAAAAAAAUAUAGAAAUUUUUUGGUUUUUUUGGUGACAUACUUAAACGUUCAAAACUGAAACACUGUAAAACCUAUAAAAAAUAAAAGCAAAUAUUUGUAAAACAGUCGCAUUUUUGUGAAGGAAGGAAUUACCUUUUGAAAAAAUGCAGAUUUUUGGUGUGGACAGUAUAUAAAAUUUCAGCCUGUUUUUGCUGCUGUUGUUGUUUUAAAAUAUAAAUUAAUGCUUUUUUCAGUGAUUUUUCUAAAUGCUAUCUGUAAUUGAACAAACUGUUGAACGUCUCUAAAAUAGAAGUUUUUUUUUUGCAAUUUUUAAUCAUCAAAUUUUAAUUAUUCAUUUAAAAAAAUUACAGAUAUUCACUGUUAUUUUGUUUUCUGAUGUAACCUCCUAAGAUCUGGCGUCCACUUGUGUGGACAUAAUCUUUCUUUUAAAAAGAGCGUAUUGUUCAUAAUAACAACAAUAAUAACAAUAUAAAUGUUACAUAUAUAUAAUGAAAUAUAAUAGUCAUAUAUUAGAUAUUAUCCAAUCAUUAUAUUUAUUGAUUACUCCUUAUUAAGAAAUCUAAAAUGCAAGCCCAACUAAAGCUCAGGUCUUAGCAGGCUACAUACGGCAAAAAUUGUGUAAUUUUGCAAUCAAAUGUAAAAACAAAAAAAAAACAACUAAUUACCAUGUGUAAAAAUACAGAUAUUGGAUGUAGACAUUACUGACAGUUUUUUUGUUUAUGGUUAACAUGUAAAUUAUUACUUUUGUGUGUGUUAUUUUCUAGUUGUUAUCUUUAACAAAACAGGGAAAAUCUGUACAAUAAAAUAAGUGCUUUAAAAAUUAAAGAAAUCAAAGAGCGUUAAUUUUUAAAAUCAUUUUAACCUACUGUCACCACUCCCAUAGUGGUUUUGGCAGCUUUUUUUUGAGAAGUAACUCUAAUACGCCACUGUUGAAUACCAGCUGAGCAGCAAACAGCAGGCAGACACAAUCAGAGACAAGCUGGUGAACUAAGUAGAGCGUUUAUCAGAGCCAAACAUUUCCCUGAUGAGGUGGAGGAGACCAAAAACAGAGCUAUAAGAUGAAUGAUAAAGCUGCUGUGUAGCUGCUGGAUGUGUGACUCAGUACCUGCUUGCUAACAAGUUCACCAUAGCAACUUGAAGUGACAUAAUAGGUUAUUUCAAAAAAAUCCAUUUUAAAGUCUUCUCUGCAACAUGGAGAAGCUCCUAACGGCUUUUGUUCUUAAUCGUUGCCUUGAGAAUCAUGUAAAUUUUAUGAGUUUUUAUAGCGAUGCUCUAAGGAAAAAGAUCGUUAUCAAGAAAUGAGGCCCUGAUUUUUGCUUUCUGGCACCACCAUUAAUUUCAUCUUCUGGCUUAGAGUUGUGUAAAACAUCAGCAUCAUUUUCUGCCAAACAAGGACUCCCUGCUGAGAGUAGGUGUAGCAGGACUUAUAAAUAUCUUAGGUGGUCAUAUUUUUAGUCCUGGUUGGGCUUUUAGUUAAGAGUACAGGCCCAGACCUGCACACAAACAAAGCAACUCUCUCUGUUUCACACCAUCCUUCCUGUUCUGACCAUGUUGUCCUUGUUUUUUUUGUUUUUUUUUA